AGGUAUUAGAAGGCUACGGUGUAUACUUUUACAUUCUUUAUGUAGUCUUUUACUGUACGCUCGUGUAUGUAUAUGUAAUGAAACAUAUAUUAUAACUGUGCGGUUUAUUGUGUUAUAUUUAAUAAAAAGUUUUUGGUUUAAUUUUUAUGGUUAAAAUUCAAAACUGAAGAAACAUGGAUUUAUCUACAUGUCAAAUUCUUUUCUUAUUCUCAAUACUGAACGUUGUAUUAGCUGGUGAUAUGAUGAGGAAAUCAAUUGUUUACGACAAAAAAACACCUAAUGUAUUUUAUUGUCCAUUAAAUAAACCUACUGGUUUUGAUAAAUUGUUUGUGCAUUCAAGACCACUAAAAAAAUUAUGCGAAUUUGAUGGAAAACCUUUGCCGGAAGACUAUAAAUCUGAUUGUUUUCAAGACGUUGAUGAAACUGAAUAUGCUUGCAAAGAAAAAUACAGAAUUAUGAAGAGAUUGUCGAAGAAACAACUGGAUAGUUUAUUCGGAAAUAACGACUAGAAUAACUUUAACAAAAUAACGCUCUGUAAUGUAAGAGAUGCGUCUUCACCCACCUGGUACCGAAAACGACAAAGAGAGUACAAAAUGGGAAAAAGCUUAUAAAAAAGUUGUUAGAAAACGUAAGAGACAACAAUCACAAUAAAUAGUUUUACAUAAUGAUGAUAAAUAUUAAGUAAUGGAUGAAAUACUUAGAUAUUUAGUUCAUAAUAAUAUAUAAUAGGUACCUAAUAAUAUAUUUACUACAGAUAACAAAUACAAAUUUAAAAAAACUAUUUAUAAAAAAUGG